GCCGCUGUGCGCCACGCCGGGCCGCGCCGCGCCGCCCCGGGGCGGUCCCCGUGCCGUUCCCGGCGGACGCGAUGGCGCGGAUCACGCUGGAGGACCUGGAGCGGCUGGGCGAGGAGCCCGCGGCCGCCGACGGGGACGGCAGCGACGGCGAGGACGACCAGGAGGGGGAGGGACGGCUGUUCGCCCACUGGGAGGCCGUGGCCAGCACGCACCGAGUGAGCCUGCCCCGAGACAUGGCAGGCCCGAUCGCCCAGAUGGCCCGGCACAGGCACGCUCGCGAGCCCGUGCCGUACGUGUCCCUCUCGCAGCACGGGAAGUGCGAAGAAGCGGCCUACGAGGAGCGGCGGUACCCAGCGGGGAAGUGGGCCUGUGUCACCAUGGGGGAGCCCAUGUAUGAGCAGAGCAUCUCCAUGAGCUUCAUGAAGCUCAUGCGCUACAUCUGCAAGGAGAACUCUGUAGGUUGCCAUCUCGGCAUGACAGUCCCAGUGCUCAACGAAAUCCACCUGACCAAGGAGGGGACCGAGCUGGAGCGUGAGGUCCUAACUGCCUAUUAUCUCCCAGGAGAGUUCCAGCAAAACCCCCCUGUUCCCAUGGACCCCGAAAUCCACAUCACCGAGAGGGCACCACUCCGGGUUAUAACCAGGGUUUUCUACGGGAUGACCACCGAGGAGACAAUUCUGCGGGAGAUCGGUCUCUUCUGGGAGCUCUUGGGCUCCACGGAUGCGGUGCUGCGGGGGACCUACAUCGUGGCUUCCUACGAAAACCCCAGCAUCCCUCAGCGCCGCAACGAGAUCUGGUUCAUCUGCCGGGCCGAGUGAGUCCCCGUCGCCACCGUGAGCCAGCGUGCGACUGGAACUGGUGUCGAUGGCAGUUCUGACCCAAAGGAGACGGAGCACGUCCCCACCCACUACUCACCCACACAAUGAGAGACUAAGAGGCUGUGGGGUGGGUUUCCAGCCUGCCCUGCAAAGGUCCUGCCAGGGGAAAUCCUGCCUGGUCUGCGCUUCACCUGCCCCCACAGCUGAGGCUGGAGCUGGCACCAAAGACGACCUCUAGAGCAAGCUCUUGAUGGGAAGCACGUGGUGGGGGCUCAUUAAGGCAGUAACCGUGUGGGCUUGUGUGAUGGGCUCGCCUGAGCUGCACUGGGCUUGCAGAGCUGUGCCAGGGUGGGUGCAGUGGUGGACAGCAUCACAGGGUGAUGGUGUCUCGAAGGCGAAUGACUGUGUACAAUAUGUGGGGCUCAGUGUGGCCUCUGGCCUGCUUCCUGUGGGAAUGGCUGCCUGUCCUGAACAGAGCCACUGAAAUGCUGCUACAGAGACAGUUGGGUUCAAAGGGGAAAAGGGCUUGAAUUCAGGUGUGAAUCCUGAAUGUUUCCUGCAGGAGUGGCUCUCUUUGGACUGUUGGGUGCCUCCCUGGCUGUCGCUCACCAUUCCUCAGCCAGGACUAGGGCGCUGGCAGCCUUUGUCAAUCUCUUGUGGGUGCUGUUUGCAGGCCUGCUGUGAGCUGAGAGGGGUAGGUCCAGAGAGCAGCAGGAGCAGCACCACCGCGUGUUGUGUUGUGCAUUGAUUAGUGAGUUUCACAUCCAUGAACGCCAUCGUGCUUUCCUGGGGGAAGCUGGCAGUGCCAACAGUAAAUAAACCCAGCUCAAACCA